ACGUCAUUUUCAUGCGCAGUUAACCAAGGGGCGUCGAACAUCCGCCAUAUUUGUUCAGACUUCGAUAGGUUAACUAAACAAAAGAGCAAUAUAUCCAUAAUUAUCGAAGCCAUCUGUAGUUGUUAUUGAAUUUAUGUGUAACGGGAAUAUUUUCUGUUGAAUAACACGUUCGUUUCAUAUUUUAUUUUGGGGUGUUUGCUAAAUAUUUCGGUGACAGAAGUGUUUGUUUACACCGACUGUCAAUCGGAAAAGUCAAAAUAUGGGGACGAAAGAUGACGAGUACGAUUAUUUAUUUAAAGUUGUUUUGAUUGGUGAUUCUGGUGUAGGAAAAAGUAAUCUUUUGUCAAGAUUCACAAGAAAUGAAUUUAAUUUAGAAAGUAAAAGUACCAUUGGUGUAGAAUUUGCUACAAGGAGUAUACAAGUAGAUGCUAAAACAAUAAAAGCUCAGAUCUGGGAUACAGCUGGUCAAGAAAGGUAUCGGGCUAUAACUAGCGCGUAUUAUAGAGGAGCUGUUGGUGCACUGUUAGUCUAUGAUAUUGCUAAACAUUUGACAUAUGAAAAUGUAGAAAGAUGGUUAAAAGAAUUACGAGAUCAUGCUGACCAGAAUAUUGUCAUAAUGCUUGUAGGAAAUAAAAGUGAUUUAAGACAUCUGCGAGCUGUGCCAACAGAUGAAGCCAAAGUAUUUGCAGAGAAAAAUUCAUUAUCCUUUAUAGAGACUUCAGCUUUAGACUCAACAAAUGUAGAAGCUGCUUUUCAGAAUAUUUUAACAGAGAUUUACAAGAUAGUUUCUCAGAAGCAAAUCCGUGAUAGCCCUGAUGAUGAACAUUCACCAAGUACAAAUGUACAAACAAUAACAGUAGCACCUACGGAAAGUACACCAGGAGCAAAGAAACAGUGUUGUAAUGUUUAGGACACUACUAGUUGAACAUUUAUUCAUCUUGUUACUUAUUGAGUCAUUAAAAGACUGGGUGGGGGUUCAGUGGGCAUGAUCAUCAAAAAUCUAUAAUAUGACAUAUUGUUUACAACUGGUUAUACAACCGACUGGGCUCUAGUCAUCACUUAGAUCAAUAUAUAUAUAUACAGUAUAUAUAUCAUCUAUUUAUAUAGGGUAUAAUAGUAACUAUAAUAAAAUGGUUACUGAAUGGGUCAGUCGGGUCAUGUGAUGAUACCAUUCCAUUUCUAGUUGUUAUAGCUUCAGUCAAUGUGCAACACUCGGAUUAAAUGUACACCUACUAUUGAGGUUAAUUGUCAUGGCUAUCAGAAUGAACAUGUUCACAUCAGUUAAUCAACUUUUUCAUGUUGUUUCUAUCUGCCAAAUGUUGCCAUUUGGCUUAUUUUUGAUGAUCAUGCUGUUAAUAUAUUAAAAGUUGGCUAUUCAUAUAUAAAAUAUAUAUAAUAUAAAUACUAUGUGUAUAUUGUUGGUGUACAGAACCCAGUGUGGAGAUCAGUACAAAAUUGUACCUAGAAUAAUUUGCCACAAAUGUGAGUGUAUAUGCCAUUAAAGCUAAAAUUUAUUUUUAUGUGUGUUGUUAAGACUGAGAGUUAUGUAACACUUUGUAGAUAAUUUAAAAUUGACUGUAUUUCUAGGCUUAUCUUAUUUAAUUACAUCACUCACCUCUCUUCUUAAUUUAUUGGCCAAUCUCAUGUUUGCAUAAUUUUUUCAAAACUGGCUUGAAAUAUUUUAGAUUUGGCUCAUCAGUAUAUAAUGAGAACAUCAUUAUUUAAACUAUUUAACAUAAGAACUUGAAUGAAAGAAUAGAGUUUAUAUUACAUGCAUGGUUAUGUUGAUUAGUGUAAUUUUUUUCUCUAAAUGAAAUCCUCUAUGAUGUCAGAUGAAAAGAACGCUAAUGAUGGGAGGUUGAAGAAGCUACCGGAUGGUGUUCACAUACAGUUCUAUUAAAAUAAUGAUGCUUGUCCCUGGCCAUAAAACCUUUUUACUCCUGACAAUUAAUUUCUUUCAACUUCACUAUCUGCUAGUACUCAAUGUCAAAUAUAGAAUUUAAUUUUUCAUUUUGCAAGGCUGUAAUUUUGUGAUAAGUGGAGUUAAAAAUUCGACUAUGGGUGCAUUUUUGGGUUCAUGUUUCAACAAUUAAAAUAUGUCAGUAAGCAGUGAUUAAGUGAUAUAGUUGAAAGAUAGUGGGUAACCUAGAAAUGUUAAUUAAUAUUAUUUAAGUGUUAUUAUAAGUUGUGUUGAUAUGAUGGAAGUACAUUCAAGUUCUCAUGUUACUUAGUUUAUCAAACUGACACUGGACUGGUUAUGUGGUAAAACAUUCCUAGGCAAAAUUGAGUUUAAAAUAAUAAUACCCGGUAUUCUUUAUUUGCUUAUUUAUAGACUAAUUAAGUUAAUUUUGCCUAGGAUGUUAUUGGUGGUAUAUUUAUACGCAUGUUUUAUAAUGCUGAAUUAAAAUACAUGUAUGAGUAUGAAUGUUAGUAUUCAUGAUUGAUUAAUUGAUUUAUGUUAUUUGUAAUUCCUUUUGUCAGGGGAUCAUGAAGAAGGAUCUAAAUUUGUCACAAUGAAUUGAAAUAACAACCAUUUACAAUGUUGUAGCUUUCAGCAAUAGAUUUACUUCAAAUAUUUGAUAUAAAACCAGUACUAAAAGUGUCUACUCAAUGUGGUUGUUACAUUGUUAUUGUUGCUCAGUGUACAUUAUCAUCAAAAUUUGUCUUAUUUAAAAGAUUUGUUAGAUUUUUAUCAUUUUCGUAUUGAUGCUGACUUAAAAAUUGUAAACAAUUUGGACAGUGUUCUACAUUCUUAUUUCUCCCCCUCUUAAUUGUUGAAGAUUUUUUAUUGAUCACUAAUUCUAUCCUGAGUGUUAGUGUGAAUUCUGUGGCAUAUAUUUAACAGCGAUGUAUUAUGUAAGAUUUAGAUAAAGAGCUGACCGUAACUUUAUGGUUUAAAAAUAGAUAAUGAAUAUACUUAAAAUUUCAGUAAAAUUGUCUUAUUCUGACAGAAGUUAUGAAUGUUUGCAGUUUUGACCAGAAACAGUUUAAAUUGUGUUGAGUAUUGAGUACCAUUGCUGCAACAAUAAACAAGGUCUCAAUUUUCUGUUUUAAUGGUUAAUGUAGAUAUGGAGGACCUUGUCUAAUCCAUUUAAUAUCUCAGCCAUCCAUUGGUCUAGACUCAAGAGAGUUGAAUAUGGACUUGUCAUAUGAAUAAAUGUCUAAAUAAUAAUUUAUAUAACAUUUGAAUCAAGAAAAAAAUCUGCAAUAGGCAGAUUUAGCUCUUACAUAAUACAUCUUUAAGACUUCCAUCAUCUGAAAAUCCUAAUCAUAUCUAGAGAACUCUUUUCUUCUAAUAAACACUAUUUAGACUUGGAUAUUGUGUUCCUCCCUCACUACACUACUAUACAUUUUGUAAAUCAAGCCUAUAUAAUUAAUGAUAUUAUAUACUGUAUGUAUCACCUUAUAAUAAAUAUGUAUAUUUAAGAAUGUAUGACCUGAGUUUUGUCAUAUAAUUGUGAAGGUUGACACAACUGCAGUGUCAAAUUAUAAGAAGUAAUGCUAUAGCUGUUCAUAGUCCAACAAUCUAUCAACUUGAAACUAAACCUUAGAGUACAAUGUAUGUUAGAUAUGCAAAUUAUUACAAUAGAGUGGUAGAAUGGCUGUAGUAUCUGAUCUGUAAUUAGGUGACCAAUUACAUUGGUCAACUGAGAUAUCCACUAUAACUAUCCCAUUAUUUUUAUAUAUUUUGUAGAUAUAAAUUUUAUUCUUAAAUAAACUUUGCACUUAAAAUGUUAAUUUAUCUUCAUUCCCAUAUAUAAGUGAUUGUAUAUAAAAUGUGUUAAUCUACACUGUAAUCGAAACCUAUAAAUCCUGAAGGAAUGUGGGUGCAUAUUAAUUUGAUCUUUGACACAGUUACACAGCACUAUCCUAUGAUAGAGCUGUGGAUGUGCAUUUCUUUUUGGAAUUGUAUGAAAAAUGUUCUGUACUUUUAAGAAUAAAGUCAAAUGCAGAUUCACAUCAGAUUUUCUUCCCUGAUCAUUAUUUACAAUCAAGAUUUCUGUAAUUGUUUUGUUUUGUUACAGUGUUUUCCCCUCGAAAAACAAAUAAGUGAGAACUGUGCAUUACGCGUGGAGUUGCAUAGGUAUAUAUAUUGAUAAUGUAUUUAUGAGUAGAUAUAUAAGUUAUUUUAAAAUCCAUCCCAUAUAAAUAGCAUUCACAAUAAUAUCUUAAUAUCUUUUCUUGGUUUCAAAUGUUUGCAGUCAAAUGUUUUACCUUUAAAUUAUUGUGUGCAUAUUUGUAUAGAAACAUGGCAUUGACUGUGCUGUUCUUCAUACAUGUUAUGCGGUCAUGUGCAGCGAUUUGUAGCUUUGUUCAUCUCUAAACGUUUUGUUACUGUGGCCUUAUGUUGAGGUCAUUCAACCGUAAACUAUAUAUUAUUUCUAUCUUGCUAAUGUACAAUUUUGUGUAUUAAUAAAGAGCAAAUGAACACACAGAGAA